AUGGCCCUCGCGCUUUGCUUCGCUGCACACGGCCGCAUUGCCCAGAAGCUGCUGAACGACUUGCUCUCCAACUACACCAAUGCCCUGCGACCGGUGGAGGACACGGACCACAUCAUCAACGUCACUCUGCAGAUCACGCUCUCCCAGAUCAUUGACAUGGAUGAGCGGAACCAGAUCCUGACCACCUACCUGUGGAUCCGCCAGGUGUGGAUGGAUGCCUACCUCACAUGGAGGAAAGAGGACUACGAUGGCCUCGACACCAUCCGUAUACCCAGCAGCUACGUGUGGAGGCCUGAUAUCGUUCUGUACAACAGUGCAGAUGAUGAGUUUUCCAGCUCCAUGGAGACCAACGUUGUCCUCCGUAACGACGGCCAGGUCAUGUGGGACCAGCCAGCCAUCACCAAAAGCUCCUGCUCCGUGGACGUGGCCUUUUUCCCGUUUGACGUGCAACAGUGUCACCUGACCUUUGGCUCCUGGACUCACAACGGCAACCAGAUGGACCUGUUCAACGCCCUGGACAGCGCUGAUCUGUCCGACUUUGUCGCCAACGUUGAGUGGGAGGUUCUGGGCAUGCCUGCCAAGAAGAACGUCAUCCAGUACGGUUGCUGCUCCGACCCGUAUCCAGACAUCACCUUCACGCUCCACCUGAAGAGGCGAGCCUCCUUCUACAUCUUUAACCUGCUCAUCCCCUGCAUGAUGAUCUCCUUCCUUGCUCCGCUGGGGUUCUACCUGCCGGCUGACUCGGGUGAAAAGGUUUCUCUGGGCGUGACGGUGCUGCUGGCUCUCACGGUGUUCCAGCUCCUGGUGGCUGAGAGCAUGCCGCCCUCCGAGAGCGUCCCUCUCAUAGGAAAAUACUACAUUGCCACCAUGGCGAUGGUGACCUUAUCAACAGCUCUCACCAUUUUCAUCAUGAACAUACACCACUGUGGUCCCGAGGCUCGACCCGUCCCCCGAUGGGCUGAACGCUUCGUCCUCAACUACCUCGCCCGGAUCUGCUUCGUCCAUGAGAGCGGCGAGAGUUGCCUCGGAGCAGCCUCGUCCCGGAAGAAAUCUCUUUCUCACGAGGAGCCAGACAACACAUCAGCCAGAGGAGCAAACUGGGACGUAAAUGGACAGGUCUGGGGAGGGAGCGCGGAUAAAAAUGGUGCGGGAGAGUCGUUGAAGGUGGAGCAGGACUUGACUAAGCAGAGCAGUUGGAAACAAGAUCUGUUUUUGACCAUCGACCAUUCAGAGGAGGAAGGAGCUGCUGCAGGCCGUGAGGAGCGAGGAGAGGAGUUGGAGAGUGCCACUGGUGGAGGAGGAGUCAGUAAGAACAAGAAGGAGAGCUUGGUGAGAACCCAGUGUGGAUGCCAGCACCAGCGACUGCGCCAAAACGUUGAGUACAUUGCCAAUUCUUACCAGGACCAGCAUGCAGCACAGGUGCACAUUGCAGAGUGGAGGAAAGUUGCCAAGGUCAUGGAUCGCUUCUUCAUGUGGCUCUUCAUCAUCAUGUUCUUCUUCAUGAGCAUCGUCAUCCUGGGAAAGGCCGUUUGA